ACCCCACAACACGCAAAGCGCAACGUAAACCCAACGCCCCGCACAGAAACGGGGGCAAAAGGAAAAGGAAAAAAAAAAACGCUGGGAAUGGGCAAGCAGCAGGCGCCAGCGGCGGGGCGGUCCCCGGCGAUGUCGGCGCCUCCGCCAAAGCGCCGGAAGAAGAAGGGGCGCCCCUCGCUCCUCGACCUCCAGAAGCGCAGCCUCCGCCUCGAGCAGCUCCAGGAGCAGCCGCAGGCGCGCCGCCCCACGCGACGGAACACCGGCCCGGGCUCCGCCGACGAGGAGGACGGGCCCGCGUCCGGGGGCCGACGGGAGAAGAAGCUCCGCCUCGUGAUGGGCCUCCACGACGAAUCGGCCAAGGGAGAAAAGACGAGGAAAGCGACGGAUGGCCGUGAAGAGCCGUCAGAUUCUGGGUCCACAACACCUUUGCCGAACAAAAAGUUGUUGCUCUUCAUCCUUGAUAGGCUGCAGAAGAAGGACACGUAUGGUGUAUUCUCGGAUCCUGUGGAUCCUGAUGAGCUGCCUGACUACCAUGAUAUUAUCAAGCAUCCAAUGGAUUUUUUGACAGUACGGAAGAAGCUCGAUAAGGGUGCAUAUUCUAACUUGGAGCAAUUUGAGGAUGACGUGUUCUUGAUAAGUUCAAAUGCGAUGUGCUACAAUUCACCGGAUACAAUAUAUUAUCGACAGGCACGAGCAAUUCAAGAGAUUGCUAAAAAGGACUUUGAGAAUCUUAGGCAAGAUAGUGAUGCUAGUGAACCAGAACCGGAACCAAAGCCAGAACCGGAAGUGGAACCAGAACCAAAGCCACAACCUCGCAGGGGCAGGCCUCCAAACAAGAACAAUGUCAAGCAGAAAGUUGGGAGGCCACCAGCAGAACGUGCUACUGCAGACUUUUCUGGUGCAACACUUGCUACUGCUGCAAAUAGUGGACGGUAUGCACAGUCCGAAGUUGAUCUGUCACGGAGAAUAAUGGAUAAAGCGAUGAUUGCAGAUGUACUGAGAGCUUCUUUUGCCAAUCGAAGAAAUGAGCACAAUUGGUCUGGUGGGCAGAAAUCAGAAAGAAUUGAAGAUUACCCAGGUUACGGGAGUAAAUGGUCGGCGAAUGGGAAGAAGCCACUUCUCAUGGAAGAUAGUCGUCGAAGCACAUAUUAUGAGACUCAACCAUCCAGUUCAAUAUAUGAGCUGCCGGUGUCGUCCUUGUACAAUGGGACGAGGAAGCUAUUAGUACCAGUCGGGGUUCAGCUGCAGCAGUCCUAUUCACGCAGCCUGGCACGUUUUGCUGCACAACUUGGUCCUGUUGGUUGGGAAAUUGCAUCAAAACGAAUUGAACAAAGCCUUCCUCCUGGAACAAAGUUUGGUUGUGGGUGGGUAGGAGAUGGCGAAGCACCAAGCACAUUUCAGCCACCUGUACUAGCUUCAUUUUCAGAAGCAAUGGCAGCACCAAGCAAUAUAGCAGCAUCAGGUGAGCGGCCAACUGUUAACAGUCCUGGCACUAAGGACUGUGCUGCCAACGCUAGCCAUCUGUUGGGAUCACAGCCACAUGCUGUGUCAUAUGCUUCUACUAGCACUGCGCAGAGGAUUGAUUCUCAAGCAUUACCAAUCCAACAAUGUGGAUCAAUACCACACAUUUCGAUGGAUCGAGGUGAACAUGGUGUUGAGAUGAAGGGCAACCAUAAUCAUCAUGAGCACCUAGCCAUGCAGCAAACUGUUAAUGGUUUCAAUGCUGUUCCAGGACCAAUGGUAUACCCACCUACGGCGCACCUGAUGGUGAGCCAGACACAGACACAUGCGGCUGAUUGAUUAGUGAGUAGAGACCUGAGCUCAAUGUCAACUUGACAUUCGGAUUGUGCCCGCUUCCAGUCAUGGCCGUCAUGGGCACCAAGCGACGAUGGCCUUAGCUGCAUCCUGCCAGUGGCUUGGCACCCACCAACCUUAACGUUGGAGGGUUCCAGUCGCUGUUGAUCCGCCGCACUGUGAUCUGGUGUUGCGCUUGUGAGCUUCUUGUGUGAUCGCGUAGUAACUUAGGAUGAUAGCAUGCAUAGAUGUGUAGGGUGGAUUUGUUGGUAGAUGGUUGUAACAAGAGCGGCAAGUUGCAGUUGGAAAUGCAACGAUUCCGAUGUGUAGAAAACCACAGGGGAACCAUCUGUAUAGGUCAUUCAGGAGUUUAGUUUUAUGACUGAUCGCAGAUGUGACCGAGCAUGAAAUCGUGCCAUACUUUGAUGUUCGUCAUGAGAGAUUGUCUGGUCGGUCUGGUGUCUAUACCGAGAAAUAAACCAUGUGCAGAGUUGAGAAGAUGA